CUUUCCCCAGCGCGAUUUGGAGAUUUCAUCCACAACCAGCAUUAACUUCAAACGAGAACAGACUGCGCUUGGACAACAAAUAACCUAGCACGCAAUAUCUGUUCGCUGCACCAUUGACGAACACAAGGAUGCCGUUUUGUUCGUGAGGGCACGAUCCUUUGCGCACCACCUCAACCUGUGGCCUCGCCUCCUCCUUCGCAUACCGUCGCCCUGCCUCCGCGUCCGAUCUACAAAAGACACCAGUCAAGAUGGCAGAAACCAAGGGCUUCAAGCAGGACAUGGUCGUUUCGAUACGUUAUCGAAACGAUCUGCCUCCGCCUCCUAUGCCUCCGAAGUUCCUAGAUAUUGACACCGGUGGUCUGGCUCAAUACCUCACAACAAGUUAUGCGUCAGGCCUGGCAAAGCGAGAAGAACCAAAUAUUGAAGUGGACGCCGAAGGCGGGAUGCCUAUAGAUAUGAUCGGUGUCCCAGGCUACUUCCUUGGUGACGAAAGCGCAAUCAUGGCUCCCGAAGUCCAACCUGUGCUAGACCCUGCCGACCAAGCUUUGCUGAUGUCGCUGGAUCAAUUGAAGAGCCAGGGCGCAAAGAACAACGUCUCAUUUUUACGCAAGACACAGUACAUGACCUCUUCGCAAAUUGCUCGAGCAAAUGAUGCAUUCGUGCGAGGGACCCCUCGAGCUCAGAAACCCCAGAUGCCCAAAGCGCCGCCUGUGCCUGUCACCCGAGAUGAUCCAGAAAAUAUCAAGCGACAAAUCCAAAAGGGCUUCGACCUCGCCUAUCCGGAUAGUAUCCCCUUCAACCCUCCGGAGGCUAAAGCAAAUCCCAUCACUCCCCAGGAGCGAGAAGCCUGGAGAAAUCCCGUCCAUCCUGAUAAUCCCAGACUCAAGCCUGUGGAAUUUUAUCCCAUUAUCCCCGAUCUUGAGACCGGCACAGACAUGGCUUCGAAUUGGCAAGCCCUCAAGUUCGACAAGCCACCAUUACCCCCAUAUAGAGGCAGAAGGGACGAUCGUAUCGACGUUGGCUUGCUAAUGGCCUCGGAGAAUGCAGAUUUGAUGCCAGCGUGGCGGGCAGCAAAAGAAGCCUUCGAGAGAGAUCCCGAAAAGUUCGCAGAUCCCGGACCCGAGCCAUACACAUGGUCUCUCUCCGUCCCCAAACAACCAGACUCGACCUCGCGCAUUCGGCAGCUCUUUGAUGAUUCAAAUCCUCGAAAGGAUGAUCCCACCCUCAUCGAACCACUUCUUGAAGAAUCCGCCGACGGCUCGUUACGUCUACCCUUUGAACGCGUCCGUGUCUAUCCAAAAGCCACCCAAGAUACAGUCGACCCUCAUCGCAUCAUGGCUUUGUCACUAGUCGAUGCCAACAACCUUUCCCGCCAUUCCCGCUUCCGCAAGCAAGGUAACGCCGCGUACUACUAUCCGAUCCUCGAACGCGUGAAAAUGAGAGCCGACAGAGGUAAUCUCUCCAAAACGCGUAACAGCCAUGCGGAAGACGAUAUCCCCGACCAAGUCAUGGUCCUGUUCAAAGAGCCCAACGCAAAAGAAAGACGAUCUCGCGCCGAAUUUAGAGGAGAUUACGACGCGUCCUUCAAGGAUGAAUUUGAAGAACUGACUCGGGAAGCGCAGGCAGAGGAAGAGGCGGAACAUGCAGACAUGAUUUUGCAGGAACAGGGCGAGCUGCAUGAAGGAGCACAGGAUGUCAGUAUGGCGGAAGUCGAGGGCGGGGAGACCGCGGAGGUGAGCGUGAACGGAGCUCCUCGCAAAGACCGCGCCGACGACAGGAAUACGCCUCCCCCGACCAAUGGAAGUGCAGCCGUAAGGGACAGGGGCGGAGACAGGGAGCCGGAGGAAGACGGCUUUGGGGAGGACGAAGAUAUGCGGGACGAUUGAUGCAUUCCAAUUUAUUCACCACCCUUGUAAGAUUUGACGGGGAGCGACUGCGUUUGGGAAACAGCCACAGGGGACUCCAAGAAGAAAAAAUGGAACUGGGAGCAAAAUCAAAAGCCAAACGCAAUCAAAUUCUGGCAAAGCAUAUUUGCCUCUAGACCCCAACAUGCGGUACUUUUGUCUCAUCGUGCAUGGGCCGUUUUGCGCAGCACUUAGAACAAGGGACGCUGCUGCGUUGUACUAUUCGCU